AUGAAGUCCGUAGCUAAACUUUCGGCCACGGCUCUGUGGAGUUCCGCAGUCGCCCUUGCCUGGAGGCCGCAAUAUGACUGGAAUGGUUCUGCGACUCAGAAUGCACCAUGGCCAUUCUCUACCUCUCACCCUUGGUCUCCUAGUGGUUCACUCCCCCAAAACAUCACCAAUGGCCUCAGCACUUUUGGCACCAUCAAUCAUCCGGACCUGGGACCAUGGACUGAUGGACCUCUUCCACAAGGCUGUCCUUGGGGUCUGCGUCAGUCGAACGAUACUAACCCCUACAAUGAGAAGAAUGUCCCCAACACUGGUAUGACUCGCUACUACGAGUGGGAAAUCUCGAAUCGAACCAUGGCUCCGGAUGGCGUCGCGCUGCCGCUUCUUGUUGUCAAUGGACAGUUCCCUGGACCUCUCAUCGAGGCGAACUGGGGUGACUGGAUCGAGGUUAGAAUCACAAACAAUCUCAACGAGGGUACCGCCAUGCACUGGCACGGUUUCCUCCAGAAAGGCACUCCCUGGUAUGAUGGUACUCCUGGUGUUUCGCAGUGUCCAAUUGCUCCCGGCAAAUCGUUCACUUACCGCUUCCGUGCCGAACUUUACGGCACUAGUUGGUGGCAUUCUCACUGGAGUGCUCAAUAUUUAAACGGCUUGGCUGGUCCCAUUGUCAUUCACGGACCUGUAGCUGAUGAGUACGAUGUUGACCUUGGUCCAGUCAUGUUGACCGACUGGUUCCAUGCAGACUACUACAGCUUGGUCGAGCAAGUUUUCAUUGCCACAGAAUUCGGACCCAUCUUCCCUCCCAUGGCAAACAACAUGCUCAUCAACGGAAAGAACAACUACGAUUGCAAGAACACAAAUCUCACCUGCACUCCCAAUGCAGGAGUUUCUCAAUUCCGCUUCCAAAGCGGUAAGAAGCAUCUCUUACGUCUUGUCAACCACGCGGCUGAGGCUGUCAUUUUCUUCUCAAUUGAUGGCUAUCAACUCAAGGUUGUGGCCAAUGACUUUGUCCCUGUCGAGCCUUACUAUACUGAUCUGGUGACCCUCGCUGUUGGCCAGCGUACUGACAUCAUCGUCGAAGCCACUGGAAACAGCACUGAUGCCGUCUGGAUGCGCAUGACUGAAGGCCCUUCCGGGCUCGGACCUCCUCGUGGUCAGACUGGUUGCAGUUUGAACGACGGCAACAGUGUUGAAGCACUUGCAGCUAUCUACUACGAGAAUGCCGAUAUCAGCAAGCCUCCCACCACGUCAAACACGAUUGAUGUGUCCCGCACAUACUUCCCCCUGAACUGCAACAACCAGCCUCUCAACCUCACCGUUCCCAAGUAUGCCAUCCCUGUCAAGGAGCCCGAUGUCAUUCUCAACUUCACCAUGUCUGCGGCCUACAAUUCAAGCGGAGCCUUCAAGUGGUACAUGAACAACGAGACAUACAUGGCCAACUACAACGAUCCUACUUUGUUCGAGGCUAAGCUCGGUAACCUUGACUUCCCUGAGGAGUCGCGUGUCUUCGACUUGGGAACCAAUGGCACUGUUCGUAUCAUUAUGCAAAGCGUCGGCUUCCCUGCUUCUCAUCCUAUGCACAUCCACGGCUUCAACAUGCAAAUCCUGAGCGAGGGCAUUGGAACUUGGGACGGCGUCUCAAUCACCAAUCCCGAAAAUCCUCAGCGUCGUGACACUCAACUCGUUCAGCCCAACGGUUAUCUCGUCAUUCAGAUCGAGCUGGACAACCCCGGAGUGUGGCCCUUCCACUGCCACAUCGCGUGGCAUAUCUCGGAAGGCAUGAACAUCAACCUUCUGGUGAACACGCCAUAUGUCGUCAACGAAAUGGAGAUCCCGUACGUGAUGGCACAGACAUGCCGUGACUGGUCAGACUACAGCGGUACCACUGUCGUCAACCAGAUUGAUUCUGGUCUGUAG